AAAAGAAAGAGUCCGAGCUUGCUUACGCUGUCAAAGCUACUACUAAUGCAACUAUUAAGGAUUUCAAGGACUCUCUUGAUUUUAAAAAUGAGAAUCAUGAGUAUUAUGAAAGUGGUUUUAAGGACUUCAAGGCUCAAGUUGCUCGUGCAUUUUUAGAGCUUGAUUUCUCCAAAAUUCGAUCCGAGGAUAAUCCUUCCUCGCCCACUGAGAAAGAAGGAGAGAAGAAAGAGGAAGUCGGUAAUGAGGUCACUAGGGCUGUUAGGGUGGAUCUUAGAGACCAGGCCAAGUUCUAG